ACAGCAGGAAAAUCUUGAAGAACUUCUGAACAGACUUGAAGAACUUCAGAAAAAACUUGGAGAUCUUCAGAAACAAAUGGAUAGGAGGAAGGCACAAUUCAAGUCUGUCUGGAGGAAUGCACCAUUGUAUCCUGAUUGGAGAAAAGAAGAAUUCCAGUCUGCAAAUGUGACCUUGGAUGCAGCCACCGCCCAUCCUGCUCUCUUUCUGUCUGAAAAUGGGACACAAGUAACCUGGCAAGAAAGGGGUCAAGAUCUACCCAGCUCUUCACAGAGAUUUGACUCCCUUCCUUGUGUGCUAGGUCAGCUGAGAAUUACCUCGGGGAGAUUCUUCUGGGAGGUGGAGGUUGGGGCCACAGGUUCCUGGGACCUGGGAAUUUGUAGGGAUAAUGUAACAAGGAAGGGGAGGGUCACAAUGUCCCCACAGAAUGGAUUCUGGGCCAUCAGGCUCUAUGAGGGGGAGUACUGGGCCCUCACCUCCCCAGAAACUCAGCUUACCCUAAGAGCCCACCCUGACAGUGUGGGGAUAUUCCUGGAUUAUGAAGCUGCAGAUGUAUCAUUCUAUAACAUGACAGAUGGGUCCCACAUAUUCACCUUUCCCAAAAACACAUAUUGUGGUGCUCUGAGACCUCUUUUCAGGCUUUGGUCUGACCCAGGCCCCCUAACCAUUGUCCAAGUGAAGGAGAACACACUAACAUUGUAAUUCAUAUGUGUACCCCCUUCAAUGAAUAAUGAUGACUUUGGGCCCCAGUGACGAUUACAAUUCUCCCCAACCAGCCACAGAUUGAUUUUUUCUCCUUACUGGUUCGUUCUCAAGAGGAAGCUCUGAAACACAGGCUGCUGGUCACCCCUCAUAUCCAUCCUCCCUCUUUCCUUGCUUAUAGAUUUUUUUUACUUAUUAUUUCCUUAGCCAAUGCAGCUCAGCAUAAGGGUUAGAUUUCCUAGUUUCUCCUGUUACAUGUGAGUAAAUGCUGGUCUGUGCAUUCAUUAUAAGCUGAAUCCCUGUAUGACUUCUGGGAUGCUUCCUUAAAAGAUAUACCCUCCUUUUUAUUCUUUAAUUUUUCUGCUGGCUGCAAUGUGGCAUGAUGGAUGAAACUUGACAAACAUCUCUAACCAUGCAAU